AUUAAGUGCGCGUGGGGAAAGGAAGCUUGCAGAGAAGCGAUGUGACUGCAUUAAUGUGACAAAGGCAACGCGCCUGCAUGAAAUAGGCAUUGUGCACCGCAGAACUUCCACUGCUAACCCCCCUUUUGCAUCCAACGCCUCUCUCUCGCUCCCCCUUGGGCUGAGCCUGGGGAGACAUGCAAACCCCGUGAAGGAAGGUGCAGUCUGAGCUCCCGCUGCGGCUCAGCUGUCACUUUGCAUACGGCCUGUGUGUGUGUUUCACACACGCGAGAGAGAGCAGCAGACGAAAGUCUGCCCCAAGCCUCCAGUCCCGAGUCAGGAAAUGGGGCACCUCCGUCGGACCAGUGCUCCCCUGCGCUGAGGGCCACCGGCAGGCGCCUCCUUCCCUUGCCAUCGCCGAGCAAGCUGUGGCGGGAGUGCCUGGCUAAUCCCCCUCCUCCCCGCCCGGUGCGGGCAGGGAGGUGACGAGGGGUUCUUCUUCCUGCCCCCAUCCCAUUGUACGAUCGCCCGGGGGAAGCCUUCGGCUCCCCCCAGCGAACUACUCAGCCGGCCGGCCGCCGGGAGACAAGGGCUGGUUUACUGCCGCCAGCAAAGCCUGGCUCUGCAGCCGCCGCCGCCGCCAAACUCCGACCGCAGCCGGUGCGGGAAGCAGGCAGCGCUCCGCUGGGCUUUGAUGUCUUGGAGAUGCCGCAGCUCCUCGCCCCUGGCCGUGCUGCAGCCGGAAUCUGAGCCCAGCGCCCCAGGAGCAGAAUCUGUGCCCCGCUCUACCUCCCCAGCCCAGCCGCUGUCCCGCCGGCUCCCGGCGACUGCUCAGCCGGGGACACCCAAGGCUGCCUUCGCUUUUUCAUUGGUCGGUGAUGUGUCUAUUUACAUCCGCACCGAACUUCUCCGAACAUCAGCUGAAUUUGGGUUAUGGGCAAGUCGGAAAGCCAGAUGGAUAUAACUGAAAUGAACACUCCGAAACCAAAGAAAAAACUGCGAUGGAGCGCCCUUGAAAUAGGGCUAGUUGUUAUAGUGAUUCUCCUAACUAUUAUAUCUAUCACAAUGAUAGCUCUGUAUGCAACAUAUGAUGAUGGUGUUUGCAAGUCUUCAGACUGUAUAAAAUCAGCAGCCCGAAUCAUUGAGAAUAUGGACACUACUGCAGAACCUUGUAAAGAUUUUUACCAAUAUGCCUGUGGAGGAUGGUUAAAGAAGAAUGUCAUUCCAGAGACCAGCUCCCGUUACAGCAACUUUGACAUUUUAAGAGAUGAACUAGAAGUUGUUUUGAAAGACGUCCUUGACAGGGACAACAGUAAUGACAUAGUGGCAGUGCAGAAAGCAAAAACUCUGUACAGAUCAUGUAUAAAUGAAACUACUAUUGAUAGUAAAGGUGGAAAACCUUUAAUCAAUAUAUUGCCACGGGUGUCUGAAUGGCCUGUAGCAACAGAUAACUGGGACUCUGCAUAUGGUGCCAGUUGGACAGCUGAAACAGCUAUUGCACAACUGAAUUCACAAUAUGGGAAAAGGGUUCUUAUUAAUUUUUUUGUUGGCACAGAUGAUAAGAACUCCACAGCGCAUAUCAUUCAUAUUGAUCAACCUGGGCUUGGUCUGCCUUCUCGUGACUACUAUGAAUGUACUGGUGCAUAUAAGGAGGCGUGUUCAGCCUAUGUGUCUUUCAUGAUUUCUGUGGCUAAGCUAAUUCUCCAAGAAAAAAAUCUCACCAUCAAUGAAAGCCAGAUUUCUAAAGAAAUGGAAAGAGUUAUGGAUCUGGAGAUAGAGAUUGCCAAUGCUACAACUAAACCUGAAGACAGAAGCGAUCCAGUUCUGCUGUACGAUAAAAUGACAUUAACAGAACUCCAAAAUAACUUCUCUUUGGAGAUCAAUCAUAAGCAAUUCAACUGGUCAAAAUUCAUAAAUAAUAUAAUGUCAACUGUGGAAAUUAAUGUUGAGAAUGCAGAAGAUGUGGUUGUUUAUGCUCCAGAAUAUCUAACCAAACUAAAGCCUAUUCUUAAUAAAUAUACUUCCAGAGACAUUCAAAAUUACAUGAUUUGGCGAUACGUAAUGGAUCUUGUAAACAGUCUAAGCCGUAACUACAAGGACACAAGGAAUGCUUUUCGUAAGGCACUUUAUGGCACAACAUCAGAAACAGCUGUUUGGCGGCGCUGUGCAAACUAUGUCAACGGCAAUAUGGAGAAUGCAGUGGGACGGCUGUAUGUAGAGGAAGCAUUUGCUGGAGACAGUAAACAUGUGGUUCAAGAAAUGAUUACACAAAUUCGUGAGGUUUUUAUAGCAACGUUAGAUGAACUCACCUGGAUGGAUGCAGAAACCAAAAAGAAAGCAGAACAAAAAGCUACAGCAAUUACAGAGAGGAUCGGCUAUCCAGAUGAUAUCAUAACGGAUAACAAUAAACUGAAUAACGAAUACCAAGAUCUGAACUACAAAGAGGAGGAGUACUUUGAGAACAUCAUUCAAAGUUUGCAAUUUAGCCAAAGGAAGCGGCUGAAGAAGCUCAGAGAAAAGGUGGACAAGGAACAGUGGAUAAGUGGGGCUGCUGUCGUCAAUGCCUUUUAUUCUGCAAGCAGGAAUCAGAUAGUCUUCCCUGCAGGCAUUUUGCAGCCACCUUUCUUCAGUGCCUCUCAAUCCAAAUCACUGAAUUAUGGUGGCAUUGGUAUGGUCAUUGGCCAUGAAAUCACUCAUGGAUUUGACGACAAUGGUAGAAAUUUUAAUGAAAAUGGGGACCUCAUGGACUGGUGGACGCAAGAAUCAGCACAACAUUUUAAGGAUCAGUCCCAGUGUAUGGUAUACCAGUAUGGAAACUUUUCGUGGGACCUAGCAGGUGGAAAACAUCUGAGUGGAAUCAAUACUCUGGGAGAAAACAUUGCUGAUAAUGGGGGUGUUAGACAAGCUUAUAAGGCCUAUGAAAACUUUGUAAAAAAAAAUGGAAAAGAAAAACUGCUUCCCGGGCUUGACAUGAACCAUAAGCAGCUGUUCUUCCUGAACUUUGCACAGAUAUGGUGUGGAACGUACCGUCCAGAAUAUGCUGUCAACUCCAUUAAAACUGAUACGCAUAGCCCAGGCAAAUUCAGGGUCAUAGGAUCAUUGCAGAACUCUGCAGAGUUUACCGAGGCCUUUUCAUGCACCACGACAGAGUACAUGGACCCUGCAAAAAAGUGCCGUGUUUGGUGACAGAGCUAUAAACCAGGCAGCCCAAGGACAAACUGCCCAAACAAACAGAAAUUUGGAACUUACUGGGAGGACUGGGGGAAGGAAAUGUGCUACAAAAGUCAUUUGUUAGAGGACAAAAAAAAAAUAUCUGUGAGAUCAGAGAUUCAAAACAAUCAGUUCUUCAAAUUAAGGUUUAUUGCCAAGGCAACAAAUAUAAUAUAUAAGCUGCUUUUUUAUGACCAAACCUUGCAAAAUAUAAAUCACUUAAUUGUGUACCUAUUGCUUCACUUUUAAACAACAUUGUUAUUAUAGUUUAAUUCUGUUUCCCAUUUGGUCUACAAAUUUUUUUAUUCUCACUGGGGAACACUUUAUCAUCUACUCCUUUGAGAAUUUAUGCUAAUAUUUCUGAUCAGAUGGAGGAAGAAGAUAUUAAGUAACACAUUAUCUUGGACAUCAAAAUAUAAUGAGACAACAGUUCCUAUAAAAAAUGUCAGACUCUGUGCCCUCUUCUGUCAUGAUAAAUGUGUUCUACCAAAUGUUUGUUUUCAUUUUUACUUGAAAUGAUUUAUAUUAGAAAAGUCCAAAGACCUGUUGUAAUUCACUUAAAUAAUUUCUCAGUAAUUAUUCCAAUGCUUAAAGGCUGAAUUCACUAUUUACUUAGUUUUAUUUACUACUUUCCAGCCAAAAUGAAAAUGUAGCUAAUUUAUUAAUUUUUGAGUUUAUAAUCAGUAAUGUUGUGAUCAAAGACUCCUUCACAGUUUUCUAAGAGUUUUCUUGCUUUCUCUAAACUUGGUCUUUUUAAAAGAUUUGUAGUAAUAUAUAAAUCAUAGUUUUUAUAUUUAAUUCUGAGCUACACUUAUGACUUGAAGUUAUUGUUAUAUAUUUUAUCAGUGGCGGCAUAUAAUUGAGAAAUUUUAGUUACACAUAGUAUGAUAUAAUAAGACAAAGCCUAUAAAACAGAUCUCUAAAGGGAUGCACACAAAAAACAACUUUUCAGACUCACUUUUUCAAUUUUUAGGGACAGAUCCAGUAAAUACUUUGACUUUGUUGAUGUGAGUAGUCCAUUUGAAGUCAAUGAGACUGGUUAUGUCAGAGUUAUACAAGUGUUUGCAAGAUUGGACCCUUAAUCGGUACUGGCAAAAGGCUUUAAAUACACUAUGAUAUAUAUGAAAUGCCCUUGUGCAGGUUGCCAAGGAACUUACUGCUUCUUGUAUUGAAGCCAGUUAAGACUUCCAAAAAUAAACACCAGAUACCUCCAAUGACUUCUAUAAUGGGUAUACUGUAUUUAAAAAACUAUGUUCAUUUUAGCUUUCUGAGUUUGUCGUCUGAGGAAAACCUUUUGAUAAUAAAUUGAAAUUAUGAGCCAACUGGUCAUUGUUGUCUACAAUGA